CUCUCGCCUGCAGCCCGGCCGAGGCAGACGGACCGUACAGUGGGGGGACGGACUGUCCGGAACUGCUUCACACGUCCUGUCCGUUGCUGAGAGAUGGAGUCGAAGCUGCUGCUUCUGGGAUCAGGCCCACUCCUGGGUCUCUUGUGGGGCAAGGGGCUGGGGUUGUUUCUGGCCCCACACCAGGGACCCCGGCUAGUCCUGUGAUUAGACGCACAGUGGAGGAGGGUGUCGAGCCUAAGCCUGAGUCUGGGGUCGGCCCCCCAGCUGAGGAUGGGGUCAGCCCUGCUAAUGGGCCUGGUGUUGUGACUGGCUCCAGUUCCACAUCAGGAAUCCUGGCUGGCUCUGGACCUGGGCUGGGUCCCACACAGCUGAUCCUGGUGGAGGUUGCCCACCCGCCUCCUCCUGGCUUUGGCCUCUUUGAUGGGGGUCCCGGUAUUCCGGCACCGCAGAUCAUGGGCCCCCGUAGGAGGGGAAGGGGCCUGCGCAACAGCUUCACCAUUCUUGAGAGGUCCCAGGCUUUGGCCUGCUCAGAGAGCAGGGGCCUGCCCGUCAUCGACUGGGGUGGGGGUGCUUAUGGGGAUCCCACUGACUGGGCAGGGCCUGGUCAGGGAGCACAGGGGGAUCCCAUCCUUGGGGAUGAGUCUGGUGAGGAGGGGCUGGGAGAAGAGGCAAGUCAACAUCCCACUAACGGAGCAGAGGCUGGAGGAGAUCUCACGGAGUCACAAGCUGGCUGGGAGCCCGAGGGAGACCCCACAGAUGCACAGGAAGAUCCCUGCAGCGGCAAUGAUUCUGGUCAGGGGAGGCCGGUCUGCCGGCGACUGACGUAUGUUAUAAAGUCACGUGGGGAAGAGAAAGAGAGCCAGUCCUUGAGGGAGGGAGAGUCCCAGGGUGAGGAGAAGCAGCCCUGGCCCCUAGAGGAGGCAGAGGCCAAAGCUGAGGAGGUGGUGCCUCGAGGAGAGGGGGAAGCGGAGGUCUCUCCCCAGGCUGACAGUCCCAAGUUGACCAGCUUUGCAGAGCAGAAGCAGUUGAGGGAACGGAGGCCGAGGUGGGGGCCGCAGGCGGUUCCGCGGCGGUCAGCAGGCUCCCGGCCGUGCCCAGAAUGGGCCCAGGUGCGGCGGGGGCUGGAGCUGAAGCAGGAGGAGAUCCGGGCCCGACUGGAGGCCCGUGAGGCCCGGCUGGGCCGUCGCUGGCAAAGCCUGGGCCGCAGGGCCUACUGCCGCCUGCUGAAGCUGGCGGGACGCGGUACUGAGGCCGAGGCCCAGGCCAGGCCUGAAGCCUGGGAUAAUUCCCUGGCAGCCGCCCAGGCCCAGCUGCAGGAACUGGGGCUGCAGGACGGCCGCAGUGAGUGGGCAGGGACGGGGAGGAUCCUGGGGGUGGAAGCAGUGCCAGAGGCAGGGAGGGUGAGCGGGGACUGGGCCCCACAGGAAGCAGCAACAGCAAGCCCCUCCGGGGCGGUGAAGAAUCUCAGCACUGCAGCAUGGAAACUUCUGCGGAGCAGUGGACAGGAGAGCGGGAGGCCAAAGGUGGAUCCUCCGGACCGGCUGCGACCCUCGUCCCUUGACCCCAGCGGUGACCGUAGUCUCCCGACUGGCCAGCAGGAGGCAACGCCGAGGCAGAGACGCGGGGAGAGCCGACGGGAGCGUCUGCUGACUCGGCCCAGAGCGGACGGGGAUGGUGAUCGCAGCGGUGGCUCGGUGCUGCCCCCUGCUGAGCCGACAGGUCUGCGGCUGUACAAGGAGCCAAGCUCCAAGUCGAACCGACUGAUCCUACACAAUGCGUUGACCCACUGUUGCCUGGCUGGAAGGGUCAACGAGGUGCAGCGGACCCGCGUAAUCCAGGAGCUGGCGAGCUGCGAGCAUGCCCAAUGCUUGAUUCUGUUCCGGGACCAGCACUGUCAGUUCCGCGCCCUCUACUCGCUGAGCAGCGAUUCCCUGCACAUCCAGCGGCUGUGGGGCAUCGGACCCCGGCACAUCCACACUGACAUGAUUGACCGUCUCUACAAGUACAACUCCGAUCGGAAGCAGUUCCAUCCCAUCCCCUCCAGGAUCAUCUCGCCCAAUGUCGAUGCGCUCACCAUUCACGGUCACCUGUGGUCAGCCAGGAAGAAAUCUGCCCUGGGCAGCGAGCGCAGGUGAGCACUGCCCAGACUGGCAGCUUUGUCCAGCCAACGUGCCUUUAACUUGUGGGUGUCAGAGACUCACCUUAUUUAUUUUAACAUCAAAAUCAGCCUGAAGAAAUACAGCAUGACAUCUAAAAACUGGGAAGACAUUGCACUCGUUAGCUUGAAGAGGGAGAUUAACCUCUGCUGUGCCGCGGAAAGGAGAGGCCAGACAACAGACCCAACCACUAACCACAGACUCCACUUUUACCCACAGCGCUCCGGAGUGCGUGGAUCCCGGACUGGCCUCCGGAGCCUCGUACUCCCAUCACCUCCUGUUCACUUACAGCUCUUGUCUUGUUCCUCUGCCCCCUCCCCAUGAAUGAUUCUCUAGCAGGUAACACAACACUCCCCACGUUUACCAGCUCUCCCAGUGGGCUGGGAGCCUGCUGCCCUGCCGUGGGAGUUGAGCACUCUUCCUGCCUGAACCGCCAGUGAGGGGACGCACUGCAAACUCCACUCCAUGUAGCUCUGGUACUGCCGGCAAUUGUCUUGUUCCAACUGUGCAAGGUUUCUUUUAAACAUUUAAUAAAUUCCUGAAUGUUGA